AUGGAGCAGUGGAAGAGAGAGGUUGGACGCGAGCUCAGCAGUCUGCGGGGACACAUCACCAGAGCCACAUCGCUAGGCAACCUGGAGGAGAGUUUUAGCUCAAAGCUCCGUCGAGAGGAACUGGAACACCUGCAGAGAGAGGUGGACCAGCUGAAAACACGGCUUAGGAGACAGGAGGAGGACAUGUUCCUCCAACAGGCAGAGGCCAGAGAGACCAGGAGACUGUAUGAACGCAGCUGCAAGAUGCUGCAGGAGGUGACAGACAGCUACAGAACUCAUAGCACAGACCUGGCCAAGACACUCUCCCAGUAUUCACACACACAGCAAGAGCUCUGCCAGAUCAGGACAGCAAUGUCAGAACUGAAGGAGGAGGUGAAGAGUCUUGUGCUUCGAGAAAGUGAACCAACACCAUUUCUGUCAGCACAUACAUCAGGGGCUUCACCGCUCCCCCGCAGCCAUAGUAGAAGGGUCAAAGUCGAAGAGCCAGACUCUGACUCAGAAGACUUUAGCCCAACCCCGAGCCUGGCCGAGGUCAGCUCAGAUGAUCUGUCAUGGCUGGAAGACAAAGACCCUGCUCUUCAGCAGAAGCCACGAGUACGUCUGAGUGUUCAGUCCCGACGGAGUCACUUUACAGGUCCAGGGUCUGAUCUGGAGGAGGACGAGGAUGAUGCUGAUAAUAAUGAUGAUGAUGAUGAUGAUGAAGGUGGACCUAUCCUUGAUGAAGAUGAGAACCAAGAUUUUGAAUCUGACUUGAGUCUUAAUGACCUCUAAGCUGCUAAGGUGAUGUUCUGGAAUUUGAUUUGGGAAGGAGUCAACAAAAUAAAGACAGUUUUUUCUUUCUCCAAUACACUACCUGAGAUGUAUUAAUACUUCUAAAUUGAUUUGAUCUGAUACAGUCAUUGUAUUUUAUAGUUACAGUAGUGUUGCAAAACACAAAACUUUAAAAACCAUAAUAGUUAGGGUAACACAGCAUAGGGGACAAGGCUACGCAUUACCCUUUCUCUUUCUCCCAAACUGAGAAAGCCAAUAAGAGACUUGGCAUCCUACAUAGACCUGCUUGGAUAUGAUGCGUGCAUUGAUACCAGUGGGGGAAUUUCUUUUAGUGUGGAAAACUCUCAGUGCUAUUUACAAAUGUUAUAGUUGAGAGUACCAGGACUGUAAAGGACAAAUCACACUGUAUCAGGCUGGUUUCAGUUUUUUUGAAUUGCUUGUCUGCUCAUUGUUCAAACUGUCUGGUCUAUUGUGACACUUGGCCCCAUGCUUCCAUAAUGUGCUGAAAGAAAGCAUCAAAAGAUUUGGCAAAUGUUAACUUGUUCACUUGUCCUUUUUUGAAGUCUUCAUCAAAGCACUGCUGUUCCUCAGUCUAGUUAAUGAUGGCUGCUAGAGGUUGAGGACGGUGCAAACUGCUGGAAACUGCAAUAGUCACAGAUUCUCCUUAAAUAAUCUGCAAUAACUGUCUCCACAUGUACU